UAGAACGUCGCGAGAUCUUCACUCAAACUGUAUGGUUGGUUGAAAGACGCAAAGUGAGGGUUACGCCCACUGCUUCCUCCGUUCACUGAUUGGUCUUCUAGAGGAAAAGGGAUUAACGUCAACGAGUUCCGCGAAUGCCCAUUGGUAGAUGGUGCGGCCCUGUAGGCGCGCGGGCGCCGGCGCGGGCGUUCGAACGCGGGGUUGGCGACGUUACCAUGGCGAUGCGGCCUGGCCGGAGCAGCAAAAGCCGCAUCAUUCCUUUAGAAAUAAUUCCUGGUGCCAAUGUGGCAACAGUUCCCAAAAGGAUGUAGCCUUGGAAGUUAUAGAAACUCAUUCACAAAAAAUGACAUCUUGGUUGUAUGAAUGUCUUUGUGAAGCUGAACUUGCACAGUAUUAUCCUCAUUUUACUGCCCUUGGUCUUCAAAAAAUAGAUGAAUUAGCCAAGGUUACAAUGAAGGACUAUUCCAAAUUGGGAGUCCAUGACAUGAAUGACCGCAAACGUCUCUUCCAACUUAUCAAAAUCAUUAAGAUUAUGCAGGAAGAAGAUAAAGCAGUCAGUAGCCCAGAGCAUCCUCUUCAGACAAACAGCCUGUACAUUAAGCCUCAGGAAUCCAGAUCUGGCCCUCGCAGACAACUGCAUUUUGAUUCUCCUGCUGACAACAAAGACAGAACUACCAGCAACAACGGGCUUGAAAUGUGCAGGUUAUCAGAUUCUUCUGUAAACAAACAGAAGUCUAGUUACCUAAAAGUGCUCCAACGCAUGCUGCCGGCUGAUUCCCAACACCAUACAAAAACAAGAAUUCGGAAUGCCACAGCUGCUGGUUCCUAUGUACAAACAGAAACUAACACUUCACUCUUUUCAUCAAAUCACUUUUCUCCAAUACUGGGGGAUUAUGAUAUUCCCGUUAUUGAAAGAGUCCCUCAUGUUUCAGAGUAUAACUAUGGAAUCCCUCAGUCCUGUAUCAGACAGAACACCUCAGAGAAAGAGAAUCCUUGGACUGAGAUGGAGAAAAUCAGAGUUUGUGUUCGAAAACGCCCUUUGGGCAUGAGGGAGGUACGUCGUGGAGAAAUUAAUAUUAUUACUGUAGAAGACAAAGAAACUCUACUUGUUCAUGAGAAGAAAGAAGCAGUUGACCUCACACAAUAUAUUCUGCAGCAUGUUUUUUAUUUUGAUGAAGUCUUUGGUGAAGCAUGCACCAACCGGGAUGUAUACAUGAAGACUACUCACCCACUCAUUCAGCAUAUUUUCAAUGGAGGGAAUGCCACUUGCUUCGCAUAUGGACAGACAGGUGCUGGGAAGACCUACACCAUGAUAGGAACUCAUCAGAACCCAGGACUCUAUGCUCUGGCUGCCAAAGAGAUCUUCAGGCAACUAGAAGUGUCCCAGCCAAAAAGGCACCUCUUUGUGUGGAUCAGCUUCUAUGAAAUCUACUGUGGACAGCUUUAUGACCUCUUAAAUAGAAGAAAAAGGCUCUUUGCAAGAGAAGAUAGCAACCACGUGGUACAGAUAGUGGGACUGCAAGAGCUUCAGGUGGACAGUGUGGAGCUCCUCUUAGAGGUGAUUCUGAAAGGCAGCAAGGAGCGCAGCACUGGGGCCACUGGAGUUAAUGCAGACUCCUCCCGCUCCCAUGCUAUCAUCCAAAUUCAGAUCAAAGAUUCAGCCAAGAGGACAUUUGGCAGGAUCUCUUUUAUUGACUUGGCUGGCAGUGAAAGAGCAGCAGACGCCAGAGACUCAGAUAGACAGACAAAGAUGGAAGGUGCAGAAAUAAACCAGAGUCUUCUGGCUCUGAAGGAAUGUAUCCGAGCAUUGGAUCAGGAACACAGCCACACUCCCUUCAGGCAAAGCAAAUUAACUCAGGUCCUGAAGGAUUCUUUCAUCGGUGAUGCCAAAACAUGCAUGAUUGCCAACAUCUCGCCAAGCCACGUGGCCACUGAACACACUCUGAAUACCUUGCGUUAUGCUGACCGGGUCAAAGAACUAAAGAAAGGCAUUAAAUGUUGUGCUUCAGCUACCAGUCAAAAUCGGACCUCUGGAAACUCUUCUCCAAAACGAAUCCAGAGCUCCCCUGUGGCCCUGCCAGGGGAUAAGUGUUCUCCCAAAAAAGUCAAGCUGGGACUUCAACAGUCAUUCGCAGCAGCUCCCGGUUCCAUGAGAGGGAAGGCUCAUCCUCUGGCAAACCGCCCACCCAAUAUCCCUUUUGCUCCUGUACCUAAAGUUCCCAGUAAAAGGGGUGGAUCCAGAGGGAGUCUUCACCAAGAGUGGGUCAUUCAGACUAGCCCUGUGAAGGGAGCCACAAGGUCUGGACAUUCAGUCAAAAAAAGAGAAGAGUCUGCCUCAUUGUGCUCUGAGAAAAUUCAAAUGAGCCACAAAGCUGCCCACAGAUGGGGAAGCAGGACCCCUGGCCCAGGAGAAGGCCCGGUGCAUGGCAAACUGCCCUCCAAGUGCAAGAAAGUGCAGACUGUGCAGCCAGUGCAGAAGCAGCUUGUGUCACGAGUUGAGCUCUCCGCUGGCAACCUCCACCACUUAGCAGAAUACAGUCAGGGCAGCAAGGGGAGCACACCUGCCAGGUCUGCCUCUGAAGCUUGGACAGACAUCCCUCCACACCAGAAGGACAGGGAGGAACAUUUGCGCUUUUAUCACCAGCAGUUCCAGCAGCCGCCUCUCCUCCAGCAGAAGUUAAAGUACCAACCACUGGAAAGGUUUUUAUGCCAGUACAGGCCCCUAGAGGGGCAGCUCCAGAAGGAGACCCCUCCUCCCUUCUGUUCUUACUCUGAGAGCCAGGAUGGAGCCCAAACUGAGGACCUUGAUGACAGCGAUUUCAGUGAAGAUUCUUUUUCACAUGUCUCCAGUCAGAGAACCACAAAGCAGAGAAACACCCUAGAGAAUAGCGAAGGUUCAUUCUUCCUUCAUCAGAGGGAACAAGGACCUGAGGAGCAGGUGGCUGAAAGGCAGCGAAGUCUGCUUUUUAACCCCAGGACAGAUGGUGAUGAGAAGUGUCUAACUGGAAGCUGGAUGUACUCCAGGGACCCCACAAGCCACAGAAGAGCAGCACUUAAUCGUGGCCACAGCCCAAGUAAGUUACCUUUGGACUGGAGCAGAGAGGAGGACUCUACCUCCUCAGCACCUUCUCCCAGAGACAACCUGGCAGAGAAGCCUUACUGCUCACAGGUAGAGUUUGUAUAUGGCCAGAAAAGAGGUGGCAGCCCAGCCUUUGAUCUCAGACAGAAUGCCUUCAGAAGUGAGGUUCCUGGGCAGGCCGAGGGUACUUCACCAUCCCUGGAGGCAGAUGGUUUCAUUUUCUCACUAUCCCACAUUGCAGUUGCAAGAUCUCCAGACCAAAGAGACACAGUCAGUACACCUCUGAAAGAAGUCAGACAAGACAGCCCAACAGCAAAGAACAGUUACGCAUACCAAGACGACGACUCUAAAGGGGAAUCAGGCACAUGCUCUGAAUAUGCUUCUGGAGUGAUGGCUCCCCUCACUGUGUCCCUCCUGGAGAACACAGACAAUGAGGGCUCUCUUUCCUUGGAGCAGCUGGCCCAGGAUGGGCCUGUGCAUAGUCUAGCGGCAGUGGACACAGGGGGACCAGCUGUGGACCACACACUGUCAUCUGAUGAUCAAAAGGCACUUCUGCCAAUCUCUUCGGCAACUGGGCACCUGUGGCUCUCAUCAUCUCCCCCUGACAAUAAGCCUAGUGGUGGUCUUCCAGCUCUGUCCCCAUCACCCAUCCGUCAGCAGCCCCCGGACAAGCUACCCACAAGUGAGGCCAACCUAGGAGGGGUCUGCGAGAGCACAGAGACUGCUCUCUUCUCCCAGGAACAUGUGGGUAGCCAGCAGUAUGAUGCUGAUGCUAAGGACACAGAGCUGAACAGCUCCCAAGGUUUCCCAGGAAAGCCCUUCCCCACCAUACAUACUGGAGGACCCCACCCUGGGCCUAUAUUCACCCCACAAACAGAAAGUAGUGAUAUGGCUGACCAGCCCUGGGCCCAGGAAAGAAAACAUCCAACAGGUCUUGGUUGGCAGGAGCUGAGUUUGUCCACAGACCCCAUCAAGUUGUCCUGCUCCAACACAGACGUCGUAUGGCUCAAAUACAGGCUGAUCCCAAGAUGCUUAGCAAGGCCAGGCUCUCCCCUGAUCCCCAGCUGCUCUCCAGAGACGGCAGGAAAAGUCCAUCAGCUCACCCUGGGGCAUGCACAGCAGGUGGUCAUCCGAGCACACCAGGAACAGCUGGAUGAAAUGGCAAAACUGGGCUUCAAGGAGGAGACCCUAAUGAGCCAGUUGGCUCUUAAUGAUUUUGAAGAUUUUGUGACCCAGCUGGAUGAAAUCAUGGCUCUGAAAUCCAAGUGCAUCCAGAGUCUGAGGAGCCAGCUUCAGCUAUAUCUGGCCUGCCACAGGCCAGCCACCACCCCUGAGAGAACAAUGGUGUCUUAGAGUAAGACCCAGUAUGAAGUGAUGGCAGCUCAGGAGCCUGUGCUGAAGGGGCCUCUGCCAGGUCCUCCCUGCAGAUACCAGACCCACUCCCUGAUCCUUCUCAGGCUACCCUUUCCCUAGCCACACAUGGCCUUGACUGGGCCCCAGCUCCUCUCUCAGGACCAAGACUCUGUCCCUCAAUUUCAACCACAAGGCCAUCUGUAAGGAAGGACAGAGCAGCCUAAAAAAAAACAAUUAUGGCCCUCCCUUUUCUUUGGAGCUAGAAGAGAAUUUGUCUUACUGACCUCUUGUCUGGAAACACAUUUGGGUCUAAUAACCUUGUAGAUGUUUCUGAAUUUAAGGCUCAGAAGAUGAGGUCAGUGGUAAUGUAAAUGCCAAAGGCCACAAGCUGGAGAAGAAACCAUGCUGAACUCAGGGGCUUUGUUAGAUGAAUUCUGUUCUUCAAGACUUAGCUGAAAACUAAAACACUGGUGGCUUGUAGUGGGGGCUGGGUGAGCUCUGCCCCAUCAGCCCUUGGAGACUGGUUUGGGCUUUAGGUUGCAUACGUGGGACAGGCUUUAUACCCCCAGUUCCCCUCCCUUCCUGCAAUCCAGACACAGAAGGGAGUGUUCAUAUUACUGCAUUAUUCUUUUCCCAUUUCUGCUUAUGCUGGGAUGACUGGCCUAUUAUAAGCCCUAACAGCACCCAUGCUCCUGUGGCAGGCAGUGCCUGGCUCCUGAGUCCUCACCUGUCACGCCCUCUCAUGGCAAAGUUGAAGGGGAGGAUCUCAGGCAAGUCCAUCUCCUAGUGUUAACUUUAACAUGACCCUGACUGUCCACUA